AUAUUUUGCUUUUUUAUCUUUGUUUAGUUUGUAUGAGAGCUAUCCCUCAGAGCCAUAUUUAAAUACCAGUAUCAAUUAAGAUAUCAAGUCAUUUUUGCUUGAACUGUUCAUUUAAUAAAGUCUCUCUGUUCCAGAAUUCAAUCUUAAUAAUGGUUAAGCAAAGUCUAAUUUUUGUCAAGCCCGGCGAGUUGCGUCUCGAUGAAUACCAUAAAGAUGAUGAACCAUCCGAAACAGAGGUAUUGAUUGAUGUAGCUGCUUGUGGUAUUUGUGGCAGUGAUCUUCAUUGGCAUCUCGAGGGUAAUAUUGGUCCAUGGUACGCAAGGAAGGAAGCCAGUAUGGGACAUGAAGCCAGUGGAACGGUCAUCAAGGUUGGAUCCAAAGUAACUCAUCUUAAACCUGGUGAUAGAGUUUGUUGUGAACCCUGUGAACCAUGUUGGACCUGUGAUCUGUGUAGAAUCGGAUCAAACAAUUUAUGUCACGCAGCUGAUUCUACUUGUGCUGGAGCAGAUAAAACUGGCUUUUUCCGAACAACCAAUGUUUGGCCUGCUAUUUUGUGUCACAAAUUGCCUGAUAACAUGACUCUUAAAGAGGGUGCUCUUGUAGAGCCAUUUGCCUGUUGUAUCUGGGCAAUUAGACGAGCUAAACUUGAAGGAAAUGAAAAAAUCUUAAUCACUGGAAGUGGUCCAAUCGGUAUAAUAUGUUUGAUGAUAGUUAAAGCAUUUGGAGCCAGCAAAGUUUGCAUAACUGACUUGAACGAGGAACGAUUAUCGGCCUCCAAAAAUUUUGGAGCUGAUUAUACUCUAUUGGUUGAUAGCAAACAAACACCACAACAGAUUGCAGAGAAAGUUAACCAAAUAAUGGGUGGACCACCUGAUGUUGCCAUUGAUUGUACUGGUGUUGGUUCAUGUAUCAAUACAGGUAUAAUUGGAGUUCGACGAGGUGGCAAAGUUUUGUUACAAGGAUUGGGAUCAAAAGGAGUUAAUGUUGAUUUAAGUACUGCAUCACUUCGGCAAGUUGAUUUAUUAGGAGUUGCUAGAUAUAAUAACACAUUCCCAGCUGCUAUUGAUCUUAUUUCCAGUGGAAGGGUUAAUGCCAAGGGUUUGGUUAGUCACAUAGUCUCAUUGGGUGACUACCAACAAGCCUUCGAUCUGCUCAAGAAGGGAAAAGGAAUGAAAAUAUUACUUGCACCAAAAGUAGAUAUAAUUCAAUGAUCUUCGAUGGUCCUGACGCCGAAAUUGAAACCGUCAACAUUACACAGCACAAUGGUUUCAACAGGUUAAACCAUCAAUGUAGAAAAAUGAAGCAAAACAAAUCAAAAUAAAAAGCUUUCAGCUGUAUAGCAAAUUUUAUAAAAAACUAUAUGAACCCAAUCGGUUCAAUCCUUUUAAUCAGAAAUUUUAAAGCUUAAAUAAACCAUAUAUAAAUUGCUAUUACAUUAUAAAUUGUUGAUUACAUAUUGAUUGUAUAUUAAAUAAAGCUAGUCA